AUGCUAAUUAACCUUCGACCGAAUAAUAAACCAUCUCCAACUGAAAAUGAUCGACGAUCACAGAGUUCAGUACCUAGCCGAAUCUCCAGAUAUUCUGAAUAUCCACAAGUCCGACCAACAAAUCCUUUAUAUUCGAGUCAAUCAACAAUCAAAACACCCACAGUUAAAUCUAGAAGUUCAGCAACGCUAGUAGAUCGUCGUCAAAAAUUUGAUCCCCAAGCACCACGGCGUCCAUCAGAUUGGCGAUGGUUGGCUAUCCUAUGUAUCUUUCUCUUCUUCCCGCUUGGUUUAUUUGCAUUUGCGUUUGCUCGUAAAGCACAAGAAAAAUUUCGAUGUGGGUUUAUCACCGAUGCACAUCAAUUCAAUAAACGUGCUUUAAUUCUCUGUAUCUUAUCGAUCCUAUCUGGAAUUGCCUUGAUUAUCGGUCUUCUGUUCGGCUUCGAUGCUUGGCCAAGAACAAACGGAUAA